UCGGAUUAAAUUCAAAACAAAAACUCACAGCAUUUUUGCAACCAACGCGCUUUUCCCGGGAAAUUCUCAGAAAAUUCAUUGAUAAAAUGUCUCACGCUAAAGAAGAGUACGAAAUACAGCUGUACAACUUUACCAUUGAACAAUUAAAAGACGAAACUAAAGAAAUGAUCCACCAUGAAAUAAACCACACAAUGAACACAAUUUGCUCGUCAAUUGAGAAAUUUAUAACAGAUCCAGCUGCUAAGGAUCUAUUUCGUCAGAAGAAGCAAGCCAUUGUUGAAAAAAUCAAAGAAAACAUUGAGAAAAACUUCAGCAACUACACCUCUAACCUUGACAAACAUCUCACAAUUCCGCCGUAUGUCUUGCUUCCUGAAAAUAAAAUACACGAUGUGAACAAUCCCACGUAUACGGAAAAGGAUGUUCAAGAAUUGCAAAAGGUAUUUGAGGAGAAGAAGAAACAAUUUGAGGAAAAUAUUACAGUUCUACGUGAGCUAGACAAGAUUACAACUUCAUAUGAGCAGCUAGAACCUUCUCUGAAAGUUGAGUGUGAACUCCAGGAUGCUGUGCAGGAAAUCAUUGAAGAAGGAUUAGAUACAAAUGCCCUCAGCAAUAAUUUACAAAAUAUCUCAGAAAUUGUAAACAAAUUAUCCAAAAUGGCUAUUUUCCUCAUUGGAAAAAUGUCUGGACUGCCUUCGGGCAUACUAUCUCACACCAGGAAGGUGCAGAGUCUCUACAAGAGAUCUCUGAGGAACCUAGAGUCAUGGUACGACAGGAGGCACAUUUUCCGCUACCACGCCACCCUCCUUCGAGCCAGAUUUGACAAAAACAGAAAUAUUCAGGAUAUGCGUAUGGCUAGGGAUCUCCUUGUGGCCGGAGAGCAAGAAUUGUGGGAGAAGCAGCAUUACCAGCCGAAGAAGUUCGCCGGAAGUCCAGGAGGUUGUGCCUACGAAAGAGAAGUCAUACCACCCGACUGGGUAUUGGACUACUGGCAUCCUCUGGAGAAAGCUCAGUAUCCGGAAUAUUUUGCUAGACGUGAGCAGCGUAAGAAGGAAUACCACGACAUGGAGCACCCUGUGGCAUGCACGAAUUCAUUAAAGAACUUCCCGAGAGAUAGGAAAUUUCAAGCACAGUAUUUAUCUGGCUGUGCGAUAGCCAAGAUAGUGAGAACCAGUGAGUGUUUGUGCGUAAAUAAAAAGGGUCCAGAGAGAGUGGAAGAAAUGGUGAGAGAUCGACUGCAUGAAUUGAAAUCUAAUUCACCUUAUCGCGAUGAUGACGACAUUGGAUUAGAUAUUGAAGUGACAACAAACCUCGAGAAUGAUAUUGAGAAUGUGUUGAGUGAGUUUGCAGAAGCUCGUCGAAUAGUUCAGGAAAUCCGUGGGAACACCAAAUCAAUGAAAAAGCUUGAGAAUGAGAUUGCCAAUAGAGUUCCAACUCCUCCAGGAGCCACUGAAGAAUUUGAGGAACGCAGAGAAGCAAAUAUGCUUCUAUGCCAAAAUGUUUUUAAUAAAAUGAAGAAACUAGAAGCAACUCUACCCUUCAAGGAUGACUUCAAAGCCAUCUCUAGAAUCAAAAGGUAUCAUUUUCACUUUGUUCGCGAAGAGUUUAUCGAUGCCUGGAAUGAGCAUGAGGCUUUUCUCGUGGAUUACGAGGAGAGAAUCAAGAGGAUUCUCAAGAAACAAGCCAGAAUAGUUAAUGCAUCAGCUGAUGAAGAAGAAAUUGAGAGUUUAAUCACAGAACGAAAAACUUCACUCUUUGUGGCAAAUAUUGUGCAAGAGACUGAAUUGGCGCGAAGGCAAUUGCAGGACAUUACACAGAGGCAGAUAGAAUUGGAGAAGAUUGAAAAGUCUUUGGUGGAGGUUAGAGACAUGUUCCUGAGGAUAUCAACGCUUGUGAUGGAGCAGAGCGCCAGAAUUCAAGUCAUCGAAUUUCACGCCCAACAAACGGGCAUCAAUGUGGAAAAGGGCGGCGAGAAUCUCGGGAAGGCACGUGAACUGAAAAUUAAGACUCUGAAAAAGAAAACUUGUCUUCUCAUAUGGCUGGCAGUCGCUCUAGCAAUUAUUAUAUUGAUUUUAAUUAUAUUUUGAGAUUAAAAAAUUAUUAUUUU